AACUUUGUUAUGCCUGAUGCAGCAAUAGGCAAUAUAGAUUAAAGUGUUGUUGUACUACUUUAAAACACAUUUCUUUUACAUAGCUAGUUAGAUGGUGAAAACAUAGCAAAGUGCGUCACCUAGUGGCAAAUGGUUUCCACUACGUUCUACACACAAAAUAAUAAUGCUUACACUCUGGUGUCAAGGGACGAAAGGCAAUGAAAUUAAUGAUUGGAAUACAAAUAGCUACAUUUAGAAGGAUUGUCAAAGUUAUCCUAUCCUUGUGGCACGUUUUUUGUUCUUAGUUGUUGUCAAUCCAACAAACAGUGCCAUCACAAACGGGCAUCAAUCUUGACAGUGGCACUGUGUUACUUGUGCACCUAGGCACUUACAAACUGGUAUCACACAUAGCCUAUUAUUGCUACGAUGCAAAAUCAGUUGUCACUACGUGUCUCUAUGUACCCCUCCUCUUUUUCUCUGCCAUAUAGGGCAGGAUGCGAAGCCACCAUAUGAAAUGUUGGCAAGGCACAUCACUGUAAACCUCACAGGCUCUCUUUCAAGAAUUAUUCUUGUGUGAGGGAGUGCUUUGAUUAGCAACACUACUGGUGUAAAGAUAGAAGAAGACCAAUUGGAUUUUGAGGAGAGGCUACAGAAAUAGAAGCAGGAAAAGAGCCCAUCCAUUUGUUGAGCUUAGUCUAACUUCGAAAUGGACCUCGAAAAUGUAUCGAAUGAGAACUGGUCUCAGACGUCUCUCCCAUCAUACAACUCACCCGAAAGUCCAGCAGAAAAUGAUGUGCCCUACCACAACGUCCUAAUGCCCAGCAUUUUCGGUGUCAUCUGUUUCUUUGGGAUUAUUGGCAACUGCAUUGUCAUCUACACCAUUGUGAAGAAGACCAAGUUCCGAGCCCAGCAGACAGUGCCGGACAUCUUCAUCUUCAGCUUGUCUUUUGUGGACCUCCUCUUCCUCCUGGGCAUGCCCUUCCUCAUCCACCAGCUCCUGGGCAACGGUUCCUGGUGCUUUGGUGACAUCAUGUGCACGGUCAUAACCGCCUUGGACUCCAACAGCCAGAUAGUGAGCACCUACAUCCUCACCGUCAUGACUCUGGACCGCUACCUGGCCACGGUCCAUCCCAUCCGCUUCAACCAUGUGCGCACACCCUGCGUGGCGGGGGCUGCGGUGGGUCUGGUGUGGGUGCUCUCCCUGGUCUCCAUCACUCCCGUGUGGAUGUAUGCUGGCCUUAUGCCCCGAGGGGACGGCUCAGUGGGCUGUGCCCUCCUGCUGCCCAAUCCAGCCACUGACACCUACUGGUUUACCCUCUACCAGUUCGUGAUGGCCUUCGCCCUGCCUCUGGUCAUCAUCUGCGUGGUGUUCUUCAAGAUCCUUCAGAACAUGUCUGCCACAGUGGCCCCCCUGCCCCAGCGCAGCUUGAGAGUACGUACACGUAAGGUGACCCGUAUGGCUGUGGCUAUAUGCCUGGCCUUCUUCAUCUGCUGGGCUCCGUACUACAUCCUGCAGCUGGCCCACCUGGGGGUUCAGAGGCCCAGCUUUGCCUUCCUCUAUGUCUACAACAUUGCCAUCAGCAUGGGUUACGCUAACAGCUGCGUCAACCCAUACCUCUACAUUUUGCUGAGUGAGACCUUUAAGAGGCAGUUCAUUGUGGCCAUCCGGCCGAACAAUCGGGUCUUCGGGUUGAACUCUGUCAUGGCUGACGGUAGUGUGAGUCUGAGACUGGCCCCAGAGUGUAAUCAUCAGUCUCAGUCCUCCAGAGACCUACUAGUACACAACAUGCUGCCUGUCACUGUGGCUGUGCACUGAGUCAGGAGCCCUAGCCGAGCCCCAUCCCUCAGCCCUAAUUCCAUGAAUCUGGGCUCUCUCUCAGCUCAGUGGGAAGUGGUGCCCCCAUCAGACAGUCAUUCUCCCAAUGUGUGUGACAGGGUUAACGUGCAAUGUAUGUAGAAAUGCUGAGUGUGUACAGUAUCUAUUUUGUACACAGCAGUACUGUGUUUAUAAGACACUUCUCCAUCCUAUCCUAUCAUGCUCUAAUGUAGGAACUGUGAAUACAGGGACUUUGUACUAGUAUUCAGUAGGCAAAUUGAACUGUAGGCUAUUAGUAACAAUGUGUACUUUUAUAAAAGGAAGUCAUCCCACAGUUAUCAAUAACACUAUUUUGCAGUUCUGUUUCAAGUGGUAGCAAUUUGUAUUUCGUUUUCUUUGAUGAUUUGACAGAUUUCCACUGCAGUUCAAUGUGUUAAAACAGGUUUCUGUGUAGAUAUGUGAUAUUCUGUGAUUCUGUCAUCGGUCCGUCCAGUCAGUGAUCUGAGAAGCAGGGAAAUCACACCUUGUCGUAAUGUCAUCUAUGUCUACACUGGAACCUGUGUGAUGACUGUGAUCAUUGAGAAAGUUGUGACGUAUUGAUGUAUUAUUUUGGGCUGUCUUCUAACAUGUUGUCCUUAGUCAUUUUGUAAUAUUGAAUAUGUGCAGCCUGUCUAUUACCAUGUAAUGUCCGUGAUCACCAAGGAAACCUCUAUGUUGUUAUCUUUGGGAAAAGAAUAAUGUUCUGAUGCACGAUGCAGUGUUGAAUGACUGCAAUUGAUCCAAAGGGAUUUCUAGAUGUCACAAUAAAGAAUUAAAGCAUGAGACGUAAGACAAACCCAAUGCAAUACAGUAGCAGCAGAACUGUCUGUGCUAGAGUGCAUUUUGUGUAUUUGUGAAGAGCUCUUAUUCUCAGAGAAGGGGAAGCACACAUAAAAGAGGAAAAAGCACUCUGUCCAAACAAAGCAAUAUUUUACCUGAUGGCUGCUGUAGAAGAGAGGCAGGUUAUCUGCUGGUAAUCUUGGAAAAGGGCAAAGUUAUCACUGGGCUGGAAUUGAACCAUUUGUAGGGUAGUAAUGGCUUGCUUUAGAAGGAGGAAAAUGCAAUAUUGAACUCUACCGCUCUCAAACCCAGACACCCAUACAUUACUAUUGUUAUUACAUUCCCAGGAAAAUUGGAUUCCCUUCCAACACUGUCCAGAAAUAAAGUACCUGAAUUGGUGUUCAAUCAAAUAAACGUAGUACUAAUUUGACAAUACUGUGCACUUGUAUAUAUGUGUAAGGAGUAAAAUGGAGGUAAAGCAAAUCAAAAUACGAAGGGAAUCCAAUUUUUGACCCCGCUUUACCAAAUCAUUAGUGGUAUUAAAAUGGAUCCUGGUUCACGUCUCAUUUAUGGAACCACAACACUGCACCAGGGUACAAAUACAUUAAUAAUGCACAUCAAGUAUUUAAUUUCACUCAGUAACUCAAAAUGGCCAUUACCAAAGGAAAACCCCAGA